AUGGCUUAUUACCCAGCUUUGAGCAAGGGUUCAGGCCCCGCUCUACAUGGUAGGUUUACAUACGGACAUGCGAGAGUCAAGUCCUGGCAGAUAUUGAUCCAUGCUAUUCACUCCGUCUUAUCGGAGACGGUUACAUCCGACCCAAAAAAGGCACACAUUUUCCGCCUCGUCUUUUCCUGUUACCUGUUGGACAGUCAUCAGAUUACAGGUAGUAAGGCGACCCAUUUAUCGCACUCAAUAAUGGUCGCCUUUGUGUUUUGGAAACACAAGGCCUAUCACGCCCAGAAAAAAUCUCUACAAUCAGGCAACUGA